AUGCGGUUGAUUCGGUUGUCUGCUCUGUUCGCCUUCUUAGGACUUGCGCCGGCCCAGACUCUCAGUGGCUUAUCCUUUGAUGGUGAGGAUGUUGUGAGUUUGAUGUGGGCUUUUGAUGGGCAGACAGCUGGCCGUUAUGACUUCUUUCUCUGUGCUGGUGAUGAGUCUACGGGUUCCUAUGAAUCGCUGGAACGAGUGAUCAACGACGGCGCCGUUGUCCCCGGUGACCUGCUCUCAUUCAAAGUCGACCGUAAUGUCGGAGGAAACGAGCCCAAUGCAUACUUCCUCAAAGUCGUUCCUUCAGACCCCAAAGAAAAGUGGUCCGGAUUCACAUCCCACUUCACCCUCACCAACAUGAAAGGCUCCUUCUCGACCAAGAUAUCCGACGCCGUCAAGUCCAUGCAACCUAUCCCGAUCCCGCUCCCAUUAGGUCUAGUCGACGGCGACACCCAGCUUCUCGCCGGAUCCCCAGAAACCCCAAUCUACAACGGGUCUAUCCUAAACAGCGCCAGCGACAGUGCUGCUCUCGAUAUCGACCAGCCAACCCCAGCCCUGCAAUUCCCAACACAAACCUCAUCCGAGCUCGAUCCAGAACGCUUCGAGCUAAGGAAACGACUCGGUGUUGCUGCGGCGGCGGCAGCGCCAGCGGCUGUCGUAGCCGCUGUAGACCCGCACACGAUCCCCUACGGCGAACAAACAGGUCUGACAAAGUAUGCGCCCAUGCCCAAGAUGGCCGGCACGACUAUCCUGGAUAAAUCGCCCACGCCCCAGUACCCGCCUUUCCCCUUUGUCAAGGCUACGACGUAUCUUCCUGCGCCGACGGUGCAGUGGACUGAUACGGCGUAUUUGACGUUUACUACGCAUAGUAUCGAGAAUACGGCUGCACCAGCCGCUGCGCCGACGAUGGAUAAGAGAAUGCAGCGAUGGCUGGAACGGUGGCAGGACUAG